AUGGACUUAGACACCUUAUCCAACAAUACUCACGAGGAGUCUACUCAUGAUCUACCCCGAAUCCAAAAGGAUGGCUUUGUUAUUGAACAAAGUCCCUUGGAUCCCUAUGGGACACACUCACAAGUCAAUUGGAAUAACCCUAUCUCGUUUGUACAAGCACAAUCAGUGUCCCCUGCCACUGAUUCCAAGCUUACUGAGACGAAAGUAGUCCCUCCCACCUCAGAAGCCACAACCGGUCUAAUACCUACUUUAGAAAUUCUGCCAACCAUUAAUUCUUCGAAGACCAAACCAAGUGUAGACGUUCCCACUCCUGACAUUAUAGUGGGUGAUCAUCCUCAGAAUAAUGAUGAUAAUGCAAAAGAAGUUCCAUUUUCUACACCUAUCGCAGAUGAUCCUAAGCCUGAUGACGAAGAAGAUCACUCCGAAGAGAUCAUAUUUGAAGAUCACAACACUACUGUUGGUUCCAUUCAACUUCCUUCAAUUUUCAAUCUACUGCGAAAAUCCUUUUCUUCCAAAGCUUAUUUUGACUUCGGUCCCUAA